CCUCUGCAGGACAGUUCCUGUCCCUUCAGAAAGCUGACAUGGAGCUCUCUGGGACGCUGAUUUUGGGGGGAUUGAUCGUUGUUCUGGUAUGGCUGGUGGGCUUGAAGAGUCGCAGACGGUGGUCUUUACCUCCUGGACCUACAGCUCUGCCCAUCGUGGGAAAUCUACUGGUUCUGGACAAAAAAGCUCCCUUCAAAACUCUGCUGGAGUGGAGUAAGAUAUAUGGACCUGUGAUGACUGUGUACAUGGGACCGAGGCGUGUGGUGGUCCUGGUGGGAUACGACACAGUGAAGGAGGCACUGGUGGACCAGGCAGAGGACUUCACUGGCAGAGGACCCGUUGCCUUCCUGGUCCGAGCUACCAGAGGAUAUGGUUUAGCGAUCAGUAAUGGGGAGCGCUGGCGUCAGCUACGACGCUUCACCCUGACGACGCUGAGAGACUUCGGGAUGGGGCGAAAAGGGAUGGAGGAGUGGAUCCAGGAGGUCAGCAGCCAGCUGAUUGAUCGCAUCCAGUCCACUAACGCAAAGCCGUUCGAUCCCACCUUCUUCCUCAGCUGCUCUGUGUCUAACGUCAUCUGCUGCAUGGUGUUUGGCGAACGCUUCAGCUACGAUGAUGACCAGUUCCUGCAGCUUCUCCAGAUCACUGCAGACACCAUUAAAUUUGGCAGCAGCCCCUGGGGCCAGCUGUACAACAUCUUCCCUGGACUGAUGGAGUGGCUGCCGGGUCGACACAACAAAGUAUUUACUGAUAUUGAAAAGAUGAGAGGCUUCGUCUUGACAAAGAUUCAGGCUCACCGGGAGACGCUGGACCCCAGUUCACCCAGAGAUUACAUCGACUGCUUCCUCAACAGAAUCAGCCAGGAGAAGGACAAUCCCACAACUGAGUUCCAGGAAGACAACCUGGUGUCCACGGUGUUGAAUCUGUUCCUGGCAGGAACUGAGACCACCAGCUCCACCAUCAGAUAUGCACUGAGCGUCAUGAUCAAAUACCCCAAAAUACAAGAGUCGAUGCAGCAGGAGAUCGACACUGUGCUUGGACGGAAGCGUUCCCCUCGAAUGGAGGACAGGAAGUCCCUCCCCUUUACAGAUGCGGUCCUCCAUGAAAUUCAACGUUUUAUGGACAUUGUCCCCAUGGGAAUCCCUCACUAUGCUCUCAUUGACAUCUCCUUCAAGGGUUACACCAUUCCAAAGGACACUAUAAUCCUUCCCCUGCUGCACUCUGUGCUGAAAGAGGAGAACCGGUGGGCCACACCUUGGUCUUUCAACCCGCAGCACUUCUUGGACCAGAAUGGCAACUUCAAGAAAAACCCUGCGUUCCUUCCAUUCUCUGCCGGAAAGAGGGCUUGUGUUGGAGAGUCUCUGGCCCGCAUGGAGAUCUUCCUCUUCAUGGUGUCACUGCUGCAGACGUUCACCUUCUCGUCUCCUGGAGGACCUGACAGCAUCGACCUCAACCCCGAGUACAGCAGCUUUGCCAACGUGCCUCGCAGAUACCUGAUCACAGCAACGCCCCGAUGAGAGUGAACCUUCAAAUGUGCUGAAAUGCACAUUAUAUCUUAAUUUUUAACAAAUAGAAUACCAUAGUUUCAUUACAUUGAGUUUAUGAUUCAUGGUUUUACAUCAAAACGAGUGCUCAGGGGAAUUCCACAACCCUCUAAUGACUGGAUUUAUUUUCACAAUAUGUAUAUUCUGCACCUUUUUAAUGAAACAGCUUACAUUUUAUAAGUCAUAUUUCUGUGUUUUUGACUUCGUGAAUGUGUAGCACUGAUAAAUCUCUUGUACGUAGGGACCCUGGUGGCUAACAUAGAGUUAUGGAUAUAUAAAAACCUCCUCACUUUUUCCUGCUUUUUGGUGCAUUUGAAAUUUUCUAGGUUUAUUUCUGUAAAUGAUCCCUGAAAUGAGGUUUUGAGAAGCACCCAUGGCAGAUCACUGGUGAUAUGAAGGUUUUUUUUGUUGUUUUUUUUUUUUUAUCAGAAUUUGUUUACAUCUUUAGAGAAUCUCUUCUGCUCAAUAAAAAAAUCAAGAGUUUUAAGAAGGAUUGUGUAUGGAUGUAUCUAGAAAUUCUCUGGGAUUACAUCUAGAAAUGCCGAGAAGACACAUUAAGUAACAACAUGAGCAGCACUGCCAUAUGUUUUUCAAAACUGCACCUGAUGAAAAGUUAACUGCUCAACUAAAGUAUAUUGUAUCAUGAAUACAGAUCCUGCCCAUUAAAAUUUUCUGUUCAUCAACUAGUAAUUUUUGUGUUUCGUCAUCGAAAUGAUGACAAGUGGUCUAUAAUUCUUUACAAUCAUUUUGAUAUGCUUUCCACAAAAACAGGGUUGUGGCUUAAAACAAAAUUGUUAUUACUUUCACAUAAGAAGAUGUAGAGAAAUUAGCCAAUUGAAUUCUUUCCAUGAGUGGCGUUUUGUCCUGUUGAAUUAAAAAGUUCAUUUUUAAUAUAAUUCGUCAGAUUUUCAACCCUCUGCCAUCAAACAUUUUUUACCUCCAUCCUUAUUUCCUCCUGGCAGUAUUGAUCCUCCCACAAUCUGAUCCCAUUUAUCUACUUGUAUUGAUUGUCUGAUAAAAUGUUUAUGUGCACGAAUGCAUGCAUCACACAAUAAAACAUGAAAAAAAAAUAAACUAAAUAAUUUCAUUGACAAAGCA